CUCGUGCCAGAAACAUCUGUCAGAGCUGGUGCUCGGUGCCUAGCUCUCGGGAGUUGGAUUCCACAAAACGCGCGACGCGUGUUCCUAUUUUGGGACAUUGCACUUUACGACGUCCUUGUCUCGUUUUUUUUCUCCUCGUCGUCAACGAGGUCGCGAUUAGGUCGAUGGAGAGUGUCGGACGUGACGUACGUGAGUGGCGUGAGACUUUAGUCAGUGCGACGGCGUUCGUGAUUACGACGAGGUACGUUGGUUCAAUUACGCGUGUAUAAUCCUCUCAUUUGGUACAUCGGUUUUGAGUUCAAGUUCAAGAAUUGGCUGAUCGUUGUGCUUCGACGAACAGCACGACUAGAAUCGAUUAGAAUUCGCUCGACUGUCUUCAGAUUGUCAUUAAUCAUUCUUUUGUGCCGUCUACAAGCCAUAUGUAUCGUGCCAAUGAGUUGACUCAAAUACUUAGGCCGGAUAUGAGAGGUUGAGCUUUCAUUUUUUCUCAUGACCAUUAUCAUUAGAAAUGGAUAUUUUUCCUUUCGUCUCGUCUACUCUGCCUUAUGACAUCCCAUGUGCUUUAGCAUCCUGGUGUCUCAUAUAAAUACACUUUGACCUUGGUGCGCAAAAGGCUCAACAUUUGAAAGAUUUACCCCCUGAAGUGAAGGUGAUUUACAAGUAUUUACGACGACCUCGUGAAGACGAUUAGUCGUCUUAGUGAUGCGUGAACGGAAUAUCGAAUCUUGACUGCAAGUGCCGAGAUAAAAUAAUUAGAGAGUACUCCGAGUUCGAAAGAAAUAAUCGAGAUCGGAUAUACUCUAGGAACUGGUGCAACGAGAAAAAGACAUCGUCGAAUUAGUGUAUACGCUUUUCAGUAGUGACAAUGAAAAAAUGACAACGUUUAUCCAAUGUAAAUACAUCCGAAAACCUCUUCUUAUUCAUUAAAUUAUCAUCUCCACUAAAUAAACACCCUAUAUACACAUUACAUAGCAUGUCCUUGGACGAUUCACUGUAGAACAAUAAUAAUAAACAUUCAAUAAGUCAGUAUAUCGUCGAAAAAAGGUGACUUCGAUAGACGGCUUCGAGGUGGCCGCGACAAUGCGGCGGAACUAACUUCGAACUCGUUGAACAAAACACAGACGCGUCACGUUGGUUCCGUCACAGUGGGUUGUCCACCGAGGAAGCGUACGAUAAUCGUACGAUGAUGCCGCUCGCGCCGACGCCAAUCGUCCCGGUGCCGUCCAAGCCGAAGAUCGGCUUCAGCAUCGACUCGAUCGUCGGCGGCGGCGGACAGGGUGGCCGCGAGGCGGACCGGUUAGACCGAAAUCGUGCGCUGGUCGAGAUCGAGCGGGAGGAUGGCAGCCCGAUGGAGAUAGUCGAGGGCUCGUCGUCGCCAAGGGCGCGCCGAAUUGCCGCGAGAUCGCCCGGCGUUCAUUCCGAAGGUUCGGAUCGACCCGUCUCCAGGAGCUCGUCCGUCGAAUCGUAUCCGAACUCGCGACGGACACCCUCACACGCGACCGGCGGCGGUCACCAUCAUCAUCAUCACGGUACCAAUCAUCACGGACACCCGCAUCCGCAUCAUCACCACAAUCUGUCGGCGACGACGCAUCUGGACUUUCGUGACCUAAGGACGACGGUGCACAGCGACGCCUCAAGUCCGAACAACAGUCCCAGCCCGCCGCACAGGAUACCGCACGGGGACUCCCCAGUCGGCUCGCACCCUCAACCACCCCCAGGGGUGGUCAGGCCUAGCCCGAAUUACCUCGCGCCGCCGCCCAGCGCCGCGACCGCCGCCGCCGUGGCCGCCGAGCAGCUCAAGUCUCUGUACGGUUUACCUGGCCACGGUCCGGCGAAUCCUCAGACCGGCCAGAACGAGUAUCAUACGCAGCAGCAGCUGGCCCUGGCCGCGAAUUUGGCCGCGGCUCAACACUUCCAGGCGGCGAAUCUUGCGGUGGCGCUCCAGGCGCAUCAUGGCGCUUCACCUCACGCACCCCCACACGGGCCCUAUCCCCAUGGUGGUGCCCCAGGUGGGCCUCAUCCGCCGCCUCAUCCCCAUCAACCACCGAGAGAUAGCUACCCUCUGUAUCCUUGGCUGCUGUCGAGGCACGGACGAAUCUUCCCGCACAGAUUUCCCGGAGGUCCUGACAUACCCGGCUUUCUGCUUCAACCCUUCAGAAAACCGAAGAGAAUAAGGACGGCCUUCAGUCCGAGUCAACUGCUGAAAUUGGAACACGCCUUUGAGAAAAAUCACUACGUCGUCGGCGCGGAAAGGAAGCAGUUGGCGCAAGCGUUGUCGUUGACGGAAACGCAGGUAAAAGUGUGGUUCCAAAAUCGCAGAACGAAGCACAAGCGGAUGCAGCAGGAGGAAGAGGCCAAGGCCCAACAACAAUCAGGCGGUGGCGGUGGAGGCGCGGGUAACGGCAAUACUAAUAGCAACAGCAACAACAAAAACACCCAUCACGUUAGCAAAUGGCAGCAGGAGACCGGCGAUCACUAUCAACACGACGAGGAGGAUGAGGAAGAGCACAUCGACCCGGAAGCCGAAGAGUGCUCGAGCAGUUCCGAAGCGUAGCUAGACGUUCUCUGCCUGGAUUAAAAUCCAGGAUCGAGCGGGAGUAUCUUGAGUAGACUCCAAGUCAGAAUCCGAUCGAGGUAGGAGCUAGCCGACUUGGAUCUCCUCUAAAUCAGGUUUCUUCGAGUUCCGGUUACGUAUCGGAGAAUCGGGCUUCAUUUCGAACAGGGCUAUGUCGGCGUUGCGAUGCGAUUCUGUUAACGUUCUCGGGGCCAGGAGGUUAAUGGUAGUGAAUGAAUUCCCACGAGCGGAACAUUCAUUGGAGAUAGAUCGCAGCGCGAUCUCGCUUGGGUCUUCUACCAAAAUUACUAAUUAAUUUCUACAAAAAGCCUUGUGCCACCCUCCAUUACAUAUGCCCCUGUUUAUUACUUGAUUGAAACCGAGUAUGAUCUCAAAGAACGAAAAUCGGCAGUGGAAGAUCUUGGAAAUCGUCUAAAAGCAACUAUACUCAUCAUACUUUGAUACUGAUGGAGGCUGACCGGCGAGAUAAACGAAUUAAAUGAUUGACGGAAGUUCCGCAAAAGUUCCACAAAAGUCCAGAAGAGUCUCUCUGUUAGCGAAACAGCCGCGAGUUCUGUUGUCAAAUUACUCGACAAGCUAAAUACGCAGUAUUAUGGUCUCAUCAUCGAUUUUUUUGCAAUUUCGAUCAAAUAUUUGUAAAAUGAAAAAAUAUAUAAAAAUUUUGUAUAUGGUUUGAAAAAUAAAGUCAUUUUCAUUCCUUUGCAAUUGAACGUUAGAAUUUCACACACAAUACGAGGAAGGGAAUAAGAUCGAUAAUGGGAAUCUAGUAUUGCAUGUUUACCGUCGAUAGGCGACGCCGAAAAACAAGACUGUCUUCUUCUUCUUUUCUUUCAUCUCUUGACCGAAAUCACGACAUGGUUCCUUAGCAUCUCCAUUCUGGCGUCGUUGCCGAAGGGAACGGUCGUGAACAAUCCGUAACUAUAUCCCCGAGAUUAGGAUAAGACGUUCACAGGCCAGACUACCUUACAACGAAUCGGAAAAAGCGACGGAGAAAUCGAAGAAGUCUAUCGGAAAUCGGCUAAUGGAGCCAUUGUCUGCGAGAGACGAAACUAAAUGGACGCGCUUCCGGCGGAAAGCGGCGGAUGGUGGAUGUAUCGAGAAUGAUCGGCGUAUCAACUUUGGGCGAUUCUUUUUGGACUGGUUCCGAAUUCCGUAGAGUCCUGCAGAUUUUAAUUAGGGAUUUUUAAUUUUUUUUAAAUUGAAUUUUUAAUUCAGACAAUCAGAGAGUUGCUUGCAAUAAUUAAACACAAGUUUCAUGGUUGUUGAAAUUGUAAAGAUUAUUUAAAAUGAAACUCGAUCGUUCGCGAUUCGUCUAUUUGUAGGCCGAUCGCCACUAAUAUGUUUCGUUUAUCACCCUUAUCUUGCCAUAAAAAAUUCGCCAUAAAGAUUAUCCUUCGUCGAACGGUGUAAAUAAUAAUAUAACGAGAGAAUAGAUCACGGAUCUUUUGUAAAAGCAUCCUGACACUUCUCGUUUUUUUUUACAGACGCAAGUGUAAAUAGAUAAGAAGACAUAUGAAAUGCAUCGGAUGCAUAUAUGUGCAUGUGCGCAGAAACGUAAGUAAAAACGAAACUUUAAAGUGAGUGCCAAAUCUUCGUACCCUUAGCGAAAGAUCCCAAUGUAAACGAAAUUGUAUUUGCAAUUGUAUUUAAGUCGUUGUUCUAUACAGCGAGCAGUAUUCCUUUCGUCGAUCGAUGUUUCGAGGUAUGUACUGACGAUUUAAAUUAUUAUUGCUAAUGUUAGUUAGAUCCGGGAUCUCUUAUGCGCCAUAAUGGAGCUUUCGCAAUUGUAAAAUAGAUGAAAUUUUAAUCUCGAAAUUGUAAUAUUAAUAUAUUGACAUAU